AUUGGGGUUCGGCUUUUCUCCUUUAGCCCAUUCUCAUCUCUCUCCUCUAUUUUCGCUAGCGUUGAAGCUCUAAAUCCCUUUCUCUCUCCACCAUUACCACCAACAAUGGCGUCAUCUAUAGCGGCCCGCAUCUCCAGAAAGGCAGCGGCCUCGGCAUUCUCCGCUCACUGCCACACCAUCGCCUCCCGUAAUUUCGCGGCGGAGGCGGCCAAAGCGAUCUCGCCGUCGGCGGAUCGAGUGAAGUGGGACUACAGGGGCCAACGAAAGAUAAUCCCUCUCGGACAGUGGGUCCCGAAGGUAGCUGUCGACGCUUACGUGGCGCCUAACGUUGUCUUGGCUGGUCAAGUAACCGUCAGCGACGGAGCCUCGGUGUGGAACGGCUGCGUCCUACGUGGCGAUCUCAACAAGAUUACCGUUGGAUUCUGCUCUAAUGUCCAGGAACGCUGCGUAAUUCACGCUGCCUGGUCCUCACCUACCGGACUUCCAGCUGAGACAUCAAUUGAGAGGUUUGUGACAAUUGGGGCAUACAGUCUCUUGAGGUCAUGCACAAUUGAACCAGAGUGCAUUAUCGGACAGCAUUCUAUUCUUAUGGAAGGUUCCUUGGUGGAGACUCACUCUAUCCUUGAAGCCGGUUCUGUAGUUCCACCAGGUAGGAGAAUCCCAACUGGUGAGCUUUGGGCAGGAAAUCCAGCCAGGUUUGUCCGGGCUCUGACCCAUGAAGAAACCUUAGAAAUCCCGAAACUUGCGGUUGCAAUUAAUGAUCUGAGCAAAGAACAUUUCUCAGAGUUCCUUCCAUACUCAACAAUAUAUUUGGAAGUUGAGAAGUCAAAGAAGUCCCUAGGAAUUACUAUUUGAUUGCUUUUUGGUUGUCAUUUUUCCAUAUAUCGGUUUACUGGAGUUUCCCUUGCAAGGAAAUAAGCGGCCAAAGAACAUAUAGAAAAGAAGUUUUAUCCGUUGUUUAUCCAUGUAUUUUGAUCAUGUUGGCUGUUGAAAAAACUUGUAGUUGUGAGUGAGUUCCAAUGAAGGGAAUAUAGUUGCAAUUGAAGAAGGAUAUUGUGGAGUAGUUUCCUUUGUAUGCUGAAGUCUACUGUUUUUGCCCUU